AAACGAAUCCUGGCCAUUUCCAGCAUGAGGUCCACAUCCAUAUUUUAUCAGAUACCACAUAGCAGUUGAAGGCUCAAAGUCUUGGUUGAGGCUUCCAAGAGCUCAAACACUGAAACUUACAGACCCAGCAGCAGCUCAAAAAGUCCAAAGACCGAAGCCAAAUCCGACAUGCUUCAACCAAAAUCACCACCACUCACAUGAUUUUCUUGAUGAACAUGCAUGGAUUGGCUCCGCCUCUAUCACAACAACCACCACACAAUAACCUUGUUUCUUUCUUCAACCUUUUCUCAACAUCUCCUCCUCCUGCUCGCUCUUCCCUUUUCCACCUGCAAAUCCAACCCAAAUCUUGGAUACCCAUUUGCAGAUAUAGCUCGGCGGCUGCCCCUCACAGGUGCCUCUUCUUGUUCUCUCCUUUUCCCUCCUCCACACCCAGUUUCUGGGAUUCCAAGAGGAAAAGAAGAAGAGGCUUUCUUACCCUUUUGAGGGCGAGUCGCAGAGAGUCUCCGUAUGAUGUCUUAGGUGUCUCCCCUUCUGCCACUAGUGAUGAAAUCAAGAGGGCUUAUAGGAAAUUAGCUCUCAAGUAUCACCCUGAUGUCAAUAAGGAGGCAAAUGCACAGGAGAAAUUUAUGAGAAUCAAACAUGCAUAUAAUACUUUGCUGAAUUCAGAAUCUCGUAGGAAAUAUGAUUAUGGAAAACAAGGGUCUGAUUUUUCGUAUUCUUCUCAAAGAAGUAAAAGUACGGCGACACAAGAUGAAGAAGAGUUUUAUGGAUUUGGUAAUUUUUUGAGAGAUGUUCAAAUAACACUAGAGGACUUUUUCAAAGAUCUCCAAGAAGAAUUUCGGAACUGGGAAACAACUGCUGCUUCGCAAGGAAAGCCAAAGAGUCUGUGGGAGGAACUGGCGGAAAUUGGAGAAGAAUUUGUGGAAUUUCUUGAGAAGGAACUCAACAUAUCAGAUUCAGAGCUAGAAACAGAUGACAACAAUGAAGGGUCUCAGAAAGGAAGCGCUUUUAAAAGUUCAGGGGCUCAGAAUACAACAAGUGGCAAUCAAAAUAUAAGUAAAGAGAGCAGCAUCGAGGAUAACAUUGAUGAGAUAGAAGCUACUCUUGCUCAGUUAAAAAGGGAACUGGGUUUGUAGCAGUAACAUGCAGUUUCACAUAGAGGGUGGAGUAAAAUUGUCAUCAUCAUCUUAAACAUUUAGGCAAAAAUGAUGAUUUUAGAAUCUCAGGCUUUAUAUUUCAGGAAGUGAGUGUUCAACAAGUGCCUUGUCUGCACCCACUACAGAAGAAUUUUGCCUCCACUUAUUUGUUUCGGAGUGCUCGAUGUAUUAUUGUUUCUAUAGCUUAUUAUUUGUUGCAGUUGCAGAAAUAAUGGUUAGCAAUCUCCUCAAAUGAGGGUAUUAUAAGAUUUGGCUUCAUUAAAUCUGCUUCUGCGUUGAUGAAUAAUAUCCACAUAAUUGCUGUAAUUUUUUGCUCAA